CCAAUCUUUUAUUCGGACAGCGGCAAGCUUGAACCUGAAAAUCGGAAGAACUUUUUCCAUGAAUUAUGUCACACUUGGAAUAAUGAUGACCAGAUAAUCAGAAAUUACCUGACCAGAAGACUUGCUGCAGAUUUUGGCUCUCUUGAACAAAUUUGUGACAAUGGCUGGCAACUCAGUCGACCUGAACUCCAAUGAGCUAUGUUUAAUCGACUGCGGGAUUAAAACUCUGCUUGAUGUUCCGCUGCCGUUCCAUCUGGUCAGCCUCAAUCUCCAUAGCAAUUUCAUUAGUCGCAUUGAGCGGUUAGGUCACCUGAGGUCCCUGCGUCACUUAGACCUGUCCGCUAACCGGAUCAGCUGCGUUGAAGGGCUGGAGUCUCUGGUUUCCUUGACUACACUCAAUCUGUCCUGUAAUCUACUAAAGCAUGUACAAGGCUUGACCGGCUUGAGAAGUCUUGAAAAACUGAAUCUCAGCUACAACCAGCUUGACGACCUGUCAGGCCUGAAGCCCUUGUCUGGCCCCGCCUACAGACUGUCCCAGCUUGAUCUCCAUGGCAACCAGCUGUCAAGCACUGCCCACAUCACCCAGUGCCUGUGUAGACUGGUCCACCUAACACAUUUGAUGCUCAGUCUGGAUGGGUCCAGUAAUCCAGUCUGCCAGAAAUCAGGUUAUGAGCGUGAAGUCUUCUCUAACUUGUCACAGCUUCAUUACCUCGAUGGGAAAGACCGUCUGGGUAAGAUGAUGCAGGGGCAGGACACCAAUCUACCAGGGUUGGAUGAGUUUUUGGAUUAUCUCCUGUCAAGUGGUGUGGAGCAGGAAUCAAUAAAUGACUCGAGUGUUUCUGAUGUCAUAACGCCUAAGAUUGAUGCUGCCAUGGAGAUGUUCCGGAAGCGACAGCAAACUACAACACUGUCGUCAUCGGAUACCAGCAUCAUACCAUCUGUCACCGAUACUGAACAUAGUCCCACUUCUACUAGACAAAAAUCAAGGAUGUCACAUGCAAGUCGGUUCAAGACCCGUGAACAUACAGACCAGGACAUGCGGCUCCAGCAGCUUGAAGAACAGAUCUCACAACUUCUCAGCAAAAACAAGGGUGAGGUCGAGUUUCCCAGUUCCAGCGAUGACCAGUUAAAAAUCUCCAGCCAAGAUCGAGGAAUAUUAACCAAACAGGCUGCUGAGAGAGAUGUGGAUCCUGGAGACUUGAACAGGAACCUUCACUCAGGCAGUGAUACUGACAAGGAACGCAAGGACAGCAGACGACACAGGAAGUCAAGGUUGCCUAGCUACAGAAAGAGUACAGCUGCCUCGAGGGCAAGGAAGGAAAACAGAAACAGCGCUGAUUCAGGCCCCGAGGAUGCUGGGAAGGACGCUGAACCAGAACCAGGCCCGACUGCCCGGGCGGAAUCUGACAGCAAGAUACGCAAUGAUAUUCAGUCCACAUACACUGACAUAAUGAAGGAACUAGAAAAUGAACGGGAACGUCGAUGGAAAGCGGAAGUGGCAGCCAAGAAAUUGGUUGAGCACUUAAAAACUCUCACCUCAAAAGCCAAAGAGGACGGGGACAUGAAGGAUCUUGCUAUCGACGCCACAUCCAGACUCAAGCAGACGGUCAUGAAUGAGCGCGAAGUGAAACUGAGACUGCAGGAUGAUAAUGAACAACUCAAGACACAGCUUCAGGAAGCGGUAGAGGCGCUGUCAAAGAGCAGGUCUGUACAGGAGGAGCAGACGCGAACCAUUCGAGAACUUGAAGACAUGGCGAACAAGGAGGAGAGGGAGAAGAUGAAGCAGCAGACACAUGAGCACAAGAAGCUGCAGGAGGCGUUGAUGCGAGGCGCUGCCCUCGGUCGUGAGGUGGACCUGGUACGUAGCACAUGCGAGGCACAGAAGCUGCAGAUCCAGUCCUUGCAGAGUCUGUUGGCCAGUAGGGAACAGGAGCACAGGGAUGAACUCAAGACUCGGUACAGCCUGGGCAGCAAGGAGAUGCAGACGGCCAUUCAGGAGGAAGUGCGACGCAGCGAGCGCGAGCAUCAACAGCAGAUGAAGCAGCAGCAGGAAAAGAUUGAAGAACUUAGUAAACAGUACUCAAGCUUGGAGGAUGAAUUCAGACAGGCCAUACAGAUUGAGUCCAGCAGAUUUCAGCAGCUGAAGUCAGCAUUUGAGACAGUGAGUGAGGAGAAUGCAGGGAACCAGGCAGCUCUCUUGGCAGCACAGAGGAAGGAUGAGAAAUCUUCUGAAAUAAUAUCUGAACUCACCUCGCUGGUGAAGGAACAGAAGGGCAGAAUUGCAGAGCUAUCGAAAUCAAAACAAGAGCAGACUGCCCAAUAUAGGGAGCGUGUGUCCCUGUUAGAGGCCCAUGUAGAGGAGGCCAGGAAGAGGAUGGUGCAACUGGAGCUCCUCAAACAGGACAACAUUAAGCUGAAGUCCCAGGUCCAUGGUCAGGAGUCUGUGAUAGAAGGGCUGCGGGCCGAGAGGAAACUGUGGGAGCAAGAACUGGCACAACAGGGAGCGUCCCUGGCCCAGGAUCGGGGAAGUCUGCAGGCCAAGUUGGAGGCCCAGACGUCAGAAAUCUCCAUUCUGAAGAAGCAACUUGAGCGUGAAGCAGACGGUUUGAAGAUCAAAACAAAAAUGCUGGAGGACCAAACUGAGACGAUAAGAAAAUUGAAAGAGGGGGUAGAGGAGCGAGACACGGAGAUCAAGAAGUGUCGCCAGGAAAGUCUUAAGCUUCAACAGAGCCUUGAGGAGCAGCUAGCAGAGGAACGCACUAACAACCAGGACAACCAGGAAAUGUUGGAGCGUUUGAGAGAGCGCAAAGAAGGUCUCAAGACACAGUUGUCUGAAGUACAGACAGAGUUAGAGGAGUCAAGAAAGGCUCACAGUGCGUUGAACUCCCGGUGGAAGGAGAAAUCACAGUUGAUAGGGAAGCUUGAGUCCCAGGUCGGGGAAAUGAAGGAAACAUGGGAGAAAAAGGAGCGAAAACUCACCCAGGAGCGCGAUAAAGCCCUGGAGGCUGCAAAUUUAGCGAUCGACCGGCUGAAGUCUGCAGAUGACUCAUUCAGGCAGCAGUUGGAAGACAAGGUGCAGCACUACAAAGAGCUCAUGGUGAAGGUCAGCCACGAUAAACAGGUUCAAGUUGACCAGGCCUACAUGAGGGUUGCAGAGGUCGAAGAGGAGAUGCGAGAGCUACUGAAAGAGAACCAGUCAUCCAAGAAAGCCAUGGAGGACAAGAUGAAGCGACUCACACAAGCCAUGACAGACCUGCAAUCAGACCUCUACCAAUGACAGACCUGCCGUCAGGCAUCUACCAGUGACAGAUCUGCAAUCAGUGACGGACCAACAAUCAGACCACUACUAGUGAAAACCCUGCAGUCAGACCUCUACCAGUAACAGCUAUAGGAGUCUGAUUCAGAUGAGUGCAGACCUUCAGACCUUUACCAAUGUCUUGCUUGUCUUUCCUCAAGGUUUUGAACAAGCAAAAAUAAGUAUUCUUUUCAGUUUGAGUAGGGUACAAUGGUUUAGAAAGAAAUUCUUGUUUAUGCACCUUUCAUCAGCAGUUUGAAGAGUUUGAAAAACUAUUAGUUAAUUAAACAUUUAUUGUGCUUGAUUUCAAUAACUUGUGUCUUUAAUGUUUAGUACAUAGGAAUUACAAUGCCAUUAAAAGAAUUUCUUAUGUGAACAACUAUUUUGAGUAAUAGUUUCUGUGAUACUUAUUUGUCAGUUUUCGUUUCAUUUGAAGACAUCUUCGAUAAUAUUUGUAUCUAACUGAAAUUUAUUUCUGAUGCUAUUUUAAACAAUAAAAUUUUGUGAUGAAAAUCACUUGAUGUGUUAUGUCAAAAACAUGAUUAAAUUGUA